AGAGCGAGAGAGGCCGCCCAGCGCCGUUCUUCCGCCAGCAUGCCGGGCCCCUGCCCUUCCCCCCCACGUCCCCGCCCCCAUCCCCGCCUGGUGCUGCCCCCAGCCACACUCCUUCCCCUCCUCCUACUCGCCCUCACCCAGCUCAGCGGUGCCAGCGAGCCCCCGAGCGCCGGGGCCAGCGGCACGGCCAACUGCUCGGGCAGCUCCGUCUGCUCUGAGGGCGUGGUGCUGCCCAUCUGGAACCCCCAGAACCCCUCGGUGGGCGACAAGGUGGCGCGGGCCAUCGUGUACUUCGUGGCGCUCAUCUACAUGUUCCUGGGCAUGUCCAUCAUCGCCGACCGCUUCAUGUCCUCCAUCGAGGUCAUCACCUCGCAGGAGAAGGAGAUCACCAUCAAGAAGCCCAACGGGGAGACCACCACCACCACCGUGCGCAUCUGGAACGAGACCGUCUCCAACCUGACCCUCAUGGCACUGGGCUCCUCCGCCCCCGAGAUCCUGCUCUCCGUCAUCGAGGUGUGCGGGCACAAGUUCCACGCCGGCGACCUGGGCCCCAGCACCAUCGUGGGCAGCGCCGCCUUCAACAUGUUCGUGAUCAUCGCCAUCUGCGUCUACGUGGUGCCCGAGGGCGAGACCCGCAAGAUCAAGCACCUGCGCGUCUUCUUCGUGACGGCCGCCUGGAGCAUCUUCGCCUACAUCUGGCUCUACCUCAUCCUGGCCGUCGUCUCGCCGGGCGUGGUGGAGGUCUGGGAGGCCGUGCUGACCUUCCUGUUCUUCCCGCUCUGCGUGGUGCAGGCCUGGAUCGCCGACCGCCGCCUGCUCUUCUACAAGUACGUGCAGAAGCGCUACCGCGCCGACAAGCACCGCGGCAUCAUCAUCGAGACGGAGGGGGACGGCGCCGGCGGCGGCGGGGGCCCCUUCACCAAGAUGGACCUGGAGAUGGACGGGCGGGCGGUCAACUCGCACCACAAGGAGGCGCUGGACGGCAUGCUGGGCCCGGCGGAGGAGGGCGGCGGGGGCCGGGACCAGGAGGACGAGGCGCGGCGGGACAUGGCGCGCACCCUGAAGGAGCUGAAGCAGAAGCACCCGGAGAAGGACAUGGAGCAGCUGAUCGAGAUGGCCAACUACCAGGUGCUGGUCCAGCAGCAGAAGAGCCGGGCCUUCUACCGCAUCCAGGCCACCAGGAUGAUGAUCGGCGCCGGCAACAUCCUGAAGAAGCACGCGGCCGACCAGGCGCGGAAGGUGGUGAGCUGCCACGAGGCGCGCGCCGACGAGGACGACCUGCAGACCAUCCGCGUGCAGUUCGAGCCCUCGCACUACCAGUGCUUCGAGAACUGCGGCUCGCUCACGCUGGCCGUGGCGCGGCGCGGCGGCGACGACGGCUGCACGGUGAAGGUGGACUACCGCACGGAGGACGGCACCGCCAACGCCGGCUCGGACUACGAGUUCGCCGAGGGCACCCUGGUCUUCAAGCCCGGCGAGACGCUCAAGGAGCUGACGGUGGGCAUCAUCGACGACGACAUCUUCGAGGAGGACGAGUACUUCCACGUCCACCUCAGCAACGUGCGGGUGGUGUGGCCGGACGGCGGCCCGGAGCCCGGCGCCCCGCCGCCGCCGCCCAAGGCCGCCCUGGGUGCCGCCCACAGCGCCACCGUCACCAUCUUCGACGACGACCACGCCGGCAUCUUCACCUUCGAGAGCGAGGGCACGCGGGUGAGCGAGAGCGUGGGCACCAUGCAGGUGAAGGUCCAGCGCACCUCGGGCGCCCGCGGCACCGUGGUGGUGCCGUACCGCACCGUCGAGGGCACGGCCAAGGGCGGGGAGGACUACGAGGAGGCCGCCGGCAAGCUGGAGUUCCUCAACGACGAGACCAUGAAGGUGAUCGAGGUGAAGAUCAUCGACGACGAAGAGUACGAGAAGAACAAGACCUUCACCAUCGAGCUGGGAGAGCCGGUGUUGGUGGAAAUCGGCCAGAAACAUGGUGAGAAUGACCGAGAGGUGGGGGUCGAGGAGGAGGAGGUGGCGAAGAUGGGGUGCCCCAGUUUGGGGGAGCACACCCGCCUGGAGGUCAUCAUCGAGGAGUCGUACGAAUUCAAGACUACAGUAUACAUGGCUGUGACCCGUGGCUGUCUCAUCUCGUCCGCGUAUCGUUUAUCCCGGUGCGUCUCCCGCGAGGGCUGGCGAAAUCGGCUAGGGUGCCGGGCUGCGCUCACGAUGUCCUGUCUGCCCGCCCUGCCCCCAGGGGACGACGACGAGGAGGAGAGCGGGGAGGAGCGCCUGCCCUCCUGCUUCGACUACAUCAUGCACUUCCUGACCGUCUUCUGGAAGGUGCUGUUCGCCUUCGUGCCGCCCACGGAGUACUGGAACGGCUGGGCCUGCUUCCUGGUGUCCAUCUCGCUGAUCGGCGUGCUGACGGCCGUCACCGGCGACCUGGCCUCGCACUUCGGCUGCACCGUGGGGCUGAAGGACUCGGUCACGGCCGUGGUGUUCGUGGCCCUCCCCCCCUCUCUCCCUGACACCUUUGCCAGUAAAGUGGCAGCUAUCCAGGACCAGUACGCCGACGCCUCCAUCGGCAACGUCACGGGCAGCAACGCGGUGAACGUCUUCCUGGGCAUCGGCGUGGCGUGGACCAUCGCCGCCGUCUACUGGCGCGCCCAGGGGAAGGACUUCCGGGUGGACCCGGGCUCGCUGGCCUUCACCGUCACGCUCUUCACCAUCUUCGCCUUCGUCAACGUCACCGUGCUGAUGUACCGGCGGCGGGCGAGCGUGGCGGGGGGCGAGCUGGGGGGGCCGCGGACUGCCAAGCUGCUCACCACCCUCCUCUUCCUCUUCCUGUGGCUGCUCUACAUCCUGCUGGCCUCGCUGGAGGCCUACUGCCACAUCCAGGGCUUCUGAGCGGGGACAGACAGAGCAAGAGAGGGACGGAGAGACGGGAAGGGACAAAUCAAAAAUGAACGGGAAGAAGAAAAGGGGGAAAGGACCUUCCCUUCCCCCUGAAUGGCUUGGCAGACACCCCCUCUACACAGUCAUACUGCGUGUCCCCCCCCCCACUUUACCCUCCCUCCUACUCCCAUGUCCCCUCCUUCCCUUAUACUCCUCCCUCCUCUCCAUCCAUCCCCCCCCCUCUCUUCCUCCUCUCCCCUUCUCACUCUCUUUUUUCCUCCACCCCCCGCACCUGGGAGUGCGCCUUGAGCCGGGGGAGGCGAGCAUCGGCGCCAGGUGGGAGGAGUAGGCGCAAGGAAGCACGAGAACACGCAGCUACAUGAUCCGACCACCGGGUGGCGCUGUCCGUUGUGAGAGGAAGGGCAGGUGGGGGGCAGACCCCUCUCGGAAGUGCAAGCAGUCGCGUACGCGUUCCCUGUACACGAACGAAAGCAAGGCACCGACACAUGGGCACCCUUCUGCGUCCACACACUCUUAACGCACGGCAUCACUCCCACACGCAUGCGCCGGGCGUGUCCUCGCUGCAUAUUACACGCUAUAGGCCCCACUUACAGUUUACAGUCUCGUGUUUGGGGCACCUUGUUGGGAAAGGCGCUAUAUUAAAAAUAAAUGGAAUUGAAUGUGUCCUAGGCGCCCGAGGAGAGAGGAGUUCCCCCUCCCUGCCCUCCUCUGUGAUCUCCAUUGGUCUGUUCCAUUUUUAAAAGAGUUUUUCAUUUGUGUUCGUGCUCUCAUCCUGAUCAUACUGGAGCUCACCGGCCCGGAACAGACCCUCGGAGACACGACAGCGAUGGGAAGCUGGAGAAUGAGGACACAUUUCCAGAUGUAUGUCUGUAUAUAUAUAUCUACCUAUCCCUGUCCUGCUGCUGGCCUGUGUGCAGCACUGGACUCUCGUGUGGAGGCAUGAACGAACUGGACAGGCUCUCUUCCUCCUCGCCUUCCUCUUUGGCUCCCCUGAACAGUUACCCGUACCGGGGACCCGAUCGCCUCUCUCUGAACCGGGUUUCUUAAUUUAUCUGUAUUUAUCGGAGAAGGACGGGAACUCAAGCGGAAGGAGAAACGACGUUGCGUUUCACCAUUUUCAUUUCUUUCCUGUGUUCGUUUUUUUAUUAUUCUUAUUGUUAUACUGAUUGUAGGCUGGGAUUCCACUUCACCCAGUGCAACCUGUGAGAAAGCACCGCGGCUCUGCUCCCCGGGGACAGGCUGGACGAACCCCCGCCCUCUUCGGUCUGUUUCGGAAACUGCGGAUCAAGAGGGAUACCCUGGCAAACUAACGGUCAGCAGAACCCGCGGAGACAAACCGACACUUGUUGAGGGAAAAUUCUGCACUGAUGCCACAAGUUAUCAGGCUUGGUAGACCAGGAGGACAGCUGGUCCAGUGGUUCAGGGCCAGUCUUGUUAGACCAGGGGGACAGCUGGUCCAGUGGUUCAGGGCCAGUCUUGUUAGACCAGGGGGACAGCUGGUCCAGUGGUUCAGGGCCAGUCUUGUUAGACCAGGGGGACAGCUGGUCCGGUGGUUCAGGUCCAGUCUGUACAUGUCUUCCGACUACAUCUCUACUGAGAGACGUUAAAAAUCCAGCAAAAUGGCGCUGCUUUCAGUGUUCAUGCCUUUCAGAGGUGGAAAUACUGGUUCCUAGGGAGACGGAUAGAUAAGGUACAGAGAUGUGUAGCUCUUUAUGUGUGAGUCUCGUUGUUUUGAGGUUUAGCCUGAUUUCUUGGUACCUACAGAGACAGAUUGAUUCUGCUCAGGAGGUAGCCAGACAGACGUAUUUCUUCCUGGGGGCUGCAGUGCGCAGAGACGGGCAGACCUGGCCCUGCUGUAUAUAGCCCAUACCUUCACACAUGCCCCCUGGUGUGCACUGCGCAGGCCUCUAUUUUUAGCCCUUGCGUCGCGUUGCUAGGAGACGGUAUCCAGGAGGGAGGCAUUGUUCUGGUUGUCGAGGUGUCGGUAAAGAGGGAGGGGGUAGGGGGUGUGUCCUCACCGGGGGGGGGGGUCCCUUCAAGAUAGAGCAGUCUCUUUCCCCGGCAGCUCGAAGGCCACAAUCCGACAUUAGUUUGAAACUUUAACGAGCUCUUGCCAAGCUCUAGACACCAUACAAGGCUUUGUCGGUUAUUUUUAAGGCUUGUACCCAGACACGUCACCCAUAAGUGACUAAUAUGCAGCCUAAUAGCUGGCGCUUAAAAUAAAUCCUCCUGUUCCGAGUCACUGUCACUCUGCACCUCAGACUGGUCCUGCCCAUCCGGUCCGCAGCGAAGCAUCCCGGCCCGCACACACACAGGGGCCCGGAAGGAUGGCAGUUGUGCCGGAGUCUUCCAGGGGUUUUUCCGCGCUUUGCCGGCGUGUCCCGUUCCAGGGGCUGUGCUGUGCUGCACUCUGCCUUCCCACUGAUGCUUCUCCAGUACCCACAGGUAUUAAACCCCC